UACAACACUCGCUAAGAAAAAGGCAAAAGUGUUAAUUAGGUCAUCUUUUUUUGUUUUGUUUUUAAAGAGAGGGAAGGGUUUCAUUUUUUUCUCAUUUAGUCGCCCCUCUCUCUCGACCUAGGGUUUUAGAUUUUUUUUAGCUGCUUUAAAAAUCCCUCAAAAUAUGAGCAACGACAAGGAUAACUUCGCCAUGGCCGAUCUUACCGCCGCUCUUAAGGACGGGGAUCGAGAUGGACUUGUUAACGCACUCAAGAACAAGCUACAGAACUUGGCUGGCCAGCAUACUGAUAUGCUUGAGAGUUUGUCUCCUGUUGUUAGAAAACGUGUUGAGGUUCUCCGAGAGGUUCAGAGCCAACAUGAUGAAUUAGAGGCAAAAUUCUUUGAGGAGAGAGCAGCACUUGAAGCCAAAUAUCAAAAAUUGUAUCAACCAUUAUACAGCAAGAGAUAUGAUAUUGUGAAUGGAGCUGUUGAAGUUGAUGGAACUACAAAGGAGGCAGCGAUGGACAAAGAAGGGGAUGAAUCUGCCGAAGAAAAGGGAGUUCCUGAUUUCUGGCUCACUGCAAUGAAAAACAAUGAAGUGUUAGCGGAGGAGAUUACGGAGCGAGAUGAAGGAGCUCUCAAGUACCUGAAAGAUAUUAAGUGGUGUAGGAUAGAUGAUCCCAAGGGAUUUAAGCUUGAUUUCUUCUUUGAUACCAACCCUUAUUUCAAGAACACUGUCUUGACCAAGACAUAUCACAUGAUUGAUGAAGAUGAGCCUAUUCUUGAGAAAGCAAUAGGGACUGAGAUUGAGUGGUAUCCAGGCAAAUGCUUAACUCAGAAGCUUCUUAAGAAGAAGCCUAAAAAGGGAUCAAAGAAUGCCAAGCCCAUCACUAAAACUGAGGACUGUGAGAGUUUCUUCAACUUCUUCAAUCCCCCUCAGGUUCCUGAGGAUGAUGAUGAAAUCGACGAAGAUACUGCCGAGGAGCUUCAAAACCAGAUGGAACAAGAUUAUGAUGUUGGGUCAACCAUUCGAGACAAGAUAAUUUCUCAUGCCGUGUCGUGGUAUACGGGUGAGGCUAUCCAAGGUGAUGACCUUGAUCUAGAUGACGACGAUGAUGAGGAUGAUGAUGAUGAACUAGAUGAUGAAGAUGAUGAAGACGAGGAGGACGAGGAAGAAGAUGAGGAUGAAGAGGAUGAGGAUGAAGUCAAAACCAAGAAGAAGCCAUCCGCUGGAAACAAGAAGGGUGGAAGGACACAAAUCGGAGAUGCUCAGCAGGGUGAGCGGCCUCCGGAGUGCAAGCAACAGUAGAGUUGGAUUGGUUGUGUGCAUGUGAAGUAGCUGAGUUUGAUUGAUGUGUGGAAGACUACAGAAAGAGAGGGAGGGGAUUUGAAGUUUUGGAUGGUUCUUUAUUUUUUAUUUAUUUAUAUUUUGCUAAAGUUAUCAUUAUGAAGGACUGGGUUUGAAGUUUUCUUCUUUCCUUUUACCCUCUUGGUUUGGAAAGAAUGUUAUAAAAUAGUUAGGAGAAUGUAUUUUGAGAUUCUGCUUCAUCUUUUGUGUUGUUUUAUAUCAAAAUCUUUAUUUAUCUUA